GUCGAAGAUUCGGUAGAUCAAGAUCAUGAACUUGUGAGCUGCGCACUUCUUCCAGCCGCGGAUCAAAAUGAUACCUCGAGUAGGAAAUACAGGUGGAUCAAUAGGUACGAGCUUCAUUCUGCAACAGAUCUAGUUCCGAUGAAACUAAAGACGAAGAUCCGGCCGUGGAUCUGCAAAAAAUCUAAAUUUUCGUGCGAGAGGAUCUGUGCUCGUGAAGAUUGUGAUAAGCUGAUCUAAAGUAGAUGGUUCUACUCGGAGGAUCACAAUAUUGCCAAGAAAUCUAAAUAGGAUCAUAAUGAUCCCAGUAUGGGAUUGAAGGUAGCCGUCCCUUAGAUUUAUUCCACAUAACACAAUCCUACUACUUCUCGAACUCACACCACCACAGGGAACCUAGUGUAGUAGGCGCUAGUGUUAGGUAGAAGGCCAGAUCACCAAAAAAAAACCGACAAAAUGAAGAUUCGUGCGUACGAACAGCGUAACAAGACGAGCAAGGAGAUGCUCAAGGAGCUGGAGGACCUGAAGCAGGAGCUGAUGCAACUGCAGGUCCAGAAGGCCACCGGGGCUGCCGCUGCCAAGAUGGCCAAGAUCAAGGUCAUCCGCAAGAACAUCGCUCGUUUGUUGACCGUGUACAACCAGAAAAUCCGCGGUGAGGCUCGCGAGAAAUACUCGGGAAAGAAGUAUUUUUGUGCUUUUCAUGGUUUUAGAAGCAUAGCGGCAUGAAGAUAUGAGAAAUCUAAAUUCGUGCCUUGGUUUUUCGUACUGCUUGAAAAUAACGUAGUCAAGUAGACCGGGACGGUUGCCACAGAGGGAGAGAUUCGGGUUUUCUCGCGGUCCCCUUUUCUGCCAAAGGUUAGGCAAAAAUUUAGAUCAGCGUGGCGAGAUUUCAGCUCGGUACCUCGGAGACAGAAGCUUUAGGCCAGGGCAUUCGUAUAACAACUCUCGGCUGCUUGCGGCAUCUGACUCGGAGGUUCGAGUUAGGUUUCGACGAUGCCUGUCUUUGGCUUCGUACGGGAUUCCAGCCACAGAGGGAGAAUCUCACGAGCGGACCUCUUUUCUGCCAUGGUUUCCCCAGAAGGAAAUCUUUAGGAGGGUCGGGCACAGAGCGUCACUGUGUUGUCAAUUUUCGGUACAUGUGAAGUGCCUGACUUUCCGACAUUUUAGAUUCGUCUGUCUAUCGCAUAAAAGAUGCUUGUGCGCAUCCGGGAUUCCAGCCACAGAGGGAGAAUCUCUAGAGCGGACCUCUUUUCUGCCAUGGUUUCCCAAGAAGGAAAUCUUUGGGUGGGUCGGGCACAGAAUCGUCACUGUGUUGUCAUUUCUCGGUACAUGUGAAGUGCCUGACUUUCCGACAUUUUAGAUUCCUCUGUCUAUCGCCUGGAAGAUGCUUGUGCGCAUCCGGGAUUCUAGCCACAGAGGGAGAGUCUCAUGAGCGGACCUCUUUUCUGCCAUAGUUUCCCUAAAUGAAGCACCUCGGUUUGAUUACCCUGUUUGAUGAGCUCCGCAAGGUGGGCUUUUCGAAGCGGCAAUCCAUCGACACAAUAUUGCGCGUAAAUGCGUAUGCUGUUUGUAUUCGAUCUGCAUCGGAUUGUAAUGAUGAAUGCAUAAAUCUAAAUAUUUCGAAAAACCUCUCUUCUGCUUCAACCCACAGGUACGUUCCGUUGGACCUGCGCCCGAAGAAGACCCGCGCUAUCCGCCGUGCGCUGACCAAGAAGCAGAAGGCUUUGGUCACCCAGAAGGAGAAGACCCGCGCUCAGAACUUCCCGCAGCGAAGCUACGCGUUGAAGGCCUAAGAUGUUGGGAUAGCGACUCGGUGAAAAUGUGUUUUCCUGCAAAGAGUCAGAUUUUAGAAAAAUUUGAUGUCUGAAGGGAAAUGAUGAACACGAUCUGGUGAUAUUCUCAAUCUAGCUGCCUUAGACCUACAAAAAAAGAAAGUGUGCC